AUGCAACAAAUAUAUCAAUAAGAUACUGCAUCAAAAUUAUUAUUUGGAGAGUUCUUAUUGCAAUUAAAAGAUUUUGAGUUAAGAAAGAUUCUAUGUGAGGGAAGCAUAUCAUAAAUAGUGUAGAUAUUAAAUACAAAAACACACACCUAUCAUAUUAUGAAAUGUAUCAGCAAAGAAGAUUGUGGUUGGUUAAAUCUGAAUGAGUUUGUCACUUUUGAAAAUUAUUCUCAUCAUCCAUUUUUGAUACCUUUGGAAUAUUGCUUCGAAACUUUCAACAAAUAUUACUUCAUUAUGCCAUCGGCUAAAUGCGAUUUGUAUAAGAAGUUAGAUGAAUUGAAGAAAUUUGACUAGAAAUAAUUAUAAUUCAUAGCCUAAGAAAUGGUUGUAGUUUUGGGGGAUUUACAUAAUAAAUAGAUCGUCCAUGGGGAUUUAACUUUGGAGAACAUUUUAUUAGAUCAAAGUUAUCACAUCGCUUUGUGUGAUUUCGGAUACUUAAGGAGGACAUUGAAAAGUAAAGACCAGUUUUAUGGGGUUGCUGAGUACACCCCACCAGAGACGAUCCAAAAUAAAGAUUAUCAAUAUUAUAGUGAUUAUUGGCAGUUGGGAAUCAUUUUGUAUGAAAUGGCUUAUGGUCAUCCCCCAUUUAUUGAUUACGACCAGAACUUAACAUUUGAUUAUAUUUUAAACUGCCAAUUAGAAUUUCCUAUUCAAAUCGAGGUAGAUCCUCAAUUAAAAGACCUAUUAUCGAAACUAUUGUGCAAGGAGCCAACAAAAAGAAUUGGAUAUCAAAUGGGGGUCUCAGAGAUAUAAGAACAUGAGUAUUUUAAAAAUACGAAUUGGAAAUAAGUAUAUGAUAGACAAUUACAGCCACCAGAGUUCGAGAAAAAAUUAAAAUUGUUUUGA